UUCAUACAAAUAAACAAUAUAAACAUAUAUAUAUACAAGAUGUCAACUACAACAACAUCAUCAUCAACAGUAUCUACUGCACCAACAUCAAAGAUAUCAGAAAAAGAUCAAGCUAUUAUAAAUGAUAUCAAAAAGAUACAGGACGAGAUGUCUGCAAUCUCAAAGGAGCAGAGAAAGAAACAGGUGGUGAUCGAGAGGAAGUACAACGCACAGCUCGCCGCCAACUAUAAGACACGUGAUGAGAUGAUUGCCAAGGCCGGUGUGCCAGGCUUCUGGGGCACGAUCGUCACUCGUGUCAUGAUCCCCAACUUCCAGCCCAUGGACCAGGAGAUCGUCGACCUGAUCGACUCGAUCUCUGCCAGCUUUGACUAUGCCGACGACGCCAUCACCAAGACCGUCGUCUUUAACUUCAAAGACAACAACUACUUUACAGAGAAGCAGCUGGCGCUGACCAUCAAGCAGAAGCUCGACAGUGAAGACGAUCAAUUGAUUGUAGUUCCAGCAAAGAUCACUUAUAAGCAGAAGGAGCCAGCAAGCAAAGGUAAUGAUAAGAAGAGAAAGGAGACAAGUGAUGGUGAUGCAUCAAAGGAGAGCUUUAUAUUGCAUUGGUUGUCAUCGUCAGAGGAUACAGACAGUGAUGCAUUCGAGGAGUUGAUCAAUGCUUAUCAAGACCCAUUCAGUGUGUUGGCCGAUGACGAUGAUGAUGAGGAUCAAUUCGAUAUGGCCGACUUUGAAGAUGAUGGAGAGGAUGAUGAUGAGGAUGAUGAGCCAGAGGAGGAAGAGCCAGAGGAGGUCAAGAAACCAGCACCAAAGCAACAAGCUCCACCAAAGAAGAAG